UUUCAUUUUAAUGUUCACUUCUCUCUUUCAAACAUUACACACUUCAUAAUCACAAGGAUUUAUAUAUAUAUAUAUACACAUACCAAUACAUAUUCUUAUUCGAGCCCCUUUGAUUCUGGAACACCAACAGACUCUUCAAGGAAAAGGACAAAGUCAAAACCAUCAGUGGAAAGUUAAACAUACCUCACCUUACAAAAGGAUAGUUCUAUAAUCACAACGAUGGUCUUGGAAGCUUCUAUCUUAGUCCUGGAUAACUCAGAAUGGAUGAGAAAUGGAGACUAUACGCCAACACGUUUGGAGGCUCAGGCUGAUGCUGUCAGCUUGAUUUUUAACGCAAAGACCCAGUCUAAUCCCGAGAAUACAGUCAGUUUGAUGACCAUGGCUGGAAAAAGCCCUAAAGUGCUGGUGACAUUCACAUCAGACAUGGGCAAGAUUCUGUCUGCUCUUCAUAAUGUCUCCAUUGGUGGUCGAGCAUCCUUUACGACUAGUGUUCAGAUCGCUCAGCUUGCGCUGAAGCAUCGUCAGAACAAGAAUCAAAGACAAAGGAUCAUUGUGUUCGUAGGAAGUCCAGUGGAAGAGGAUGAAAAGAUGUUGGUUAAACUGGCCAAGAAACUAAAGAAAAACAACAUCGCAGUGGAUGUGAUCAACUUUGGGGAAGAGGCUGAGAACACAACAAAGUUGGAGGCCUUUGUGGCUGCUGUCAACAACAACGAUAAUAGCAAUCUUGUCACAGUCCCACCAGGACCACAUCUAUUGAGUGAUGUCCUUGUCAGCUCUGCUAUUGUCGCAGGAGAGGAUGGUUCGGCACCAGCAUACGUCUCCAGUGGUGGUGGAUCUUACGAGUUCGGAGUCGAUCCCAACUUGGAUCCUGAAUUGGCACUAGCACUCAGAAUUUCAAUGGAGGAGGAGCGCGCGCGUCAGGAAGCUGCUAAUAGCAGCGCCGCCACAACAGAAGGCGGAGCAGAAACUACAGUUGCUUCUACUCACGCUGCGUCUGCUAGUGCUAUCUCAACCAGCGAUGACCUGCUGGCUCAAGCACUCGCCUCAUCACAGUCGGAUGAUGACCACAACAUGGAAGGACUGACAGAGGAUGAGGAGAUGCAACGGGCAAUUCAAAUGUCAAUGGCAGGCAACGACAACUCCUCAGCAGCAGCUGAUGAAGCAAUGCAAGAUCCGGAUUUCAUGAAUUCUGUCUUAGGCUCGCUUUCAGGUGUUGACACCACAGAUCCCCGUAUCCAGAAUGUCCUUCAAGGUUUCUCGUCGGCUUCGAACAGCGCUGGAGAUGGUAAAGCGGACGACAAGGCGGACCAGGAUAAAAAAGAUGACAAAGAUAAUGAGAACAAGUAACAUAUAAUUCACAGACAAAUAGGUUACAGUAAAUAGUAUCAGGCUCAAACAACCAUAAAGAAAAAAGAAGAUUCCGAUCCUUGAUGAAAAAUGCUUAGAUUGAUGAGCUUAGAGAUAUUGCGGUAUAGGG